AUGCAAACCUUUCGAUACCAAAGUGCUAUAAAAGCUGCAGUUGAAGCAUCAUUUGCGUGGGCACCUCUGCUCUCAGCCGAACCUCGUGAUGCAGAUGACCUUGCUAGUCCAGAGAGUAUCUUGCCUGAUGCCAAAUUUGCGGCUCUCGAAGAAUCGAAGAAGACUGAAGAAGUUCUAAACGUUGACGAAGUGCUGGAGGAAAAUGCUUUUGAUUUCAAAAAGUUGGAUUGGGUGAAAGAAGGAAUGAUACGACAGACUAUUCUGGAUGAGAUCGAGGUGAUUAAUUCAACAACGGCGCCGAGGAUGACGGAUGUUACUCCCGGUGUUCUGCCGAUCACUGACCGUGGUUCCAUUCAGUGA